UCAGGUCGCUCAUUUAUUUCACGUUUCUUCACAUUAGUGCGCACUUUAGCACACACGCAGGGAGCAAGAACACAAACGCUACAGCUGACAGUGAAUGUAACCGCGCGCUCACAGCGGGCUACUUUUAAAAUUUUAAACUAAAGUUUGAAGUUUAAAGUCGCGUCGGAAUGCGUCAUUACUGUUACUGUAUCUGUUUGUCGGCGCUUUGAUCAACAGUGAAAUUAACGGGUCACUUCUCGAUUUAACAUCAUCACAGAGGAUGGAGCGGCAACUAUUCUGAACAGAAACCCGAUUUAUUUUUAAAUUGCUUUUCUUCAGAUAUGGAGAGCUGACAGCUGAAAGUGUAAAAGCAGAAGGUUAACAACAAUCAGCCGUCAGUCACAGGGGUCGCCACACGUAUACAUCAGGCAACAAGUUUAGGACACAUUAACUGUUCUCAGAACAGUCAUGGCUGCUUAUGGACAGGCGCAGUACAGUCCUGCAUUACAGCCGGCCGGCCCGUACACACCGUACACGCAUCACGCACAGAGCUACAGCAUGACAUCAUACAAUAUUAAAACAGAGGACGGUUUGAGUCAUUCACCUGGUCAAAGCAGUCUACUCGGCUACACGUCAAACUUCAGCGGCAGUCCACCCAGUCAAGCCCUGUACAGUUACUCACACGGCGGGAGCAUUUCUUCUGGAAUUUUCCAAGGUGCGAACGGCAUCACGGGCUCAACACCAUUUAGUCCCACACAACAGGACUUCUCAACUUAUUCUAGCUACAGCCAAAAUCAAUAUUCACCAUACUACAACACACACUACAACAGCCCAUACAUUACAACCAGCAAUAUCAUGCCAUCGGCCAUCACCACAGCGAUACCCUAUCAGCACACAGAGCAUCCGGCUGUAUCAACCAAUCACAGCCCAGAGUCCCACACAGGAGAGUACCACACUCCUACGAGUCCCCCAACUCCAGGAAAAGAGCAGGAAGGCGGUCCGGCUCGACGCAGCACAGAUGGAAAGUUGAGAGGCAGGAAGCGGGCGGGUGACCCCAUACCCCCUCUGGACUCUGACAUUGAGAGAGUGUUUAUCUGGGACCUUGAUGAAACCAUCAUCAUUUUCCACUCGUUGCUCACGGGAACAUUUUCCACACGAUUCGGCAAGGACUCUGCCAAGGCUGUUUCUCUGGGGCUUUGGAUGGAAGAGAUGAUCUUCAACUUGGCUGAUUCACGACUGUUUUUCAACGACCUGGAGGAAUGCGACCAAGUUCACAUCGAUGAUGUCGCCUCAGAUGACAAUGGCCAGGACUUGAGCACAUAUAACUUUGGCACGGACGGCUUCCAGACACCAGCAGGUGGUGGCACGCUCUGCUUGGGCUCGGGUGUUCAUGGUGGAGUCGACUGGAUGAGGAAACUCGCUUUUCGCUACCGACGCGUGAAAGAGAUCUACAACAUCUACAAGAACAAUGUAGGAGGUUUGUUGGGCAGUCCGAAGCGAGAAGAGUGGCUUCAGCUGAGGCGGGAAAUGGAAAUUCUGACAGACCUCUGGUUGACUCAAGCACUGAAGGCUCUCGCACUCAUCAACUCCAGACCAAACUGUGUAAAUGUGAUGGUCACCACCACACAACUGAUCCCAGCUCUCUCUAAAGUUCUGCUCUAUGGUCUUGGAGGAGCAUUUCCCAUCGAGAACAUCUACAGCGCCACCAAAACAGGUAAAGAGAGCUGCUUCGAGCGAGUGACUCAGAGGUUUGGUCGGCGAGCCGUGUAUGUGGUCAUAGGAGAUGGCGUAGAGGAGGAAACUGUGGCAAAGAAGAAGAACAUGCCGUUCUGGAGAGUAACGUGCAGAGCAGACCUGGAGGCGCUAAGUCAUGCACUUGAGCUGGAUUACCUCUAAAGGGAAGCGUCUGCUCGUCAACGCUCAAACCCGCUUGUCUCCUGCCGCGCCACAGGCAAGUACGGUCAACAGGAAUCACAUGACCAAGCCAAGAACCGCAGGACCAAUCAGCAGGGAACUGCAAUCUUACUGGAAAUGUUUGGAUCAAAUCAAUCCAAGAUAAACGUUUUUGUCUUUUUCUCGCGCUCCACCUGAGACUGAAGUCUCCAUUCUUUGAUUUACUUUUUUUCUGUACCACAUCACUGCACUGAAAACAAAGACACAUCUAAGAUUUGUUGUAAAGAGAUGUGUUGUAGAGCUUUGGCUGUGUUUGGAAUAGCAUACAAUUACUGUUUCUUCAGGAUGCAUGUGUAUUGUUUGGACUGGCACAAAUUCAGACAUUUGUACUCAAUUAGAUGGAAAAUGCAAAAUAAUUAUUUUAAUGUCCGAGAUGAUAACUGGACGCCACUCAUACAUGUGACAACAGUGUAGCAUACUACUGUCUGAAAUGUUUAUUGUUGCAUAUUGAGGAACUUUCACUUCAACUUUUUUUUUUUUUUUUUUUUUACAAAAUUAAGCAGUGCACAGGAAGUAGUUCUGUAUGUUAGUAUUCUUUUCUGAACAUUGACAUAGUAAUAUCAAAAACACUGUGUAUACUACCACCAAAAGAUAAACAGGAGUGAAGAUUUGAACAUAAAAUAAGUUCAAGUGUAUGUUUGUUAUUCAGUGAGUUUCAGGUUUCUUAAAUUGUGAAAUAUAAGUAAUUUCACACACACACACACACACACACACACACACACACACACACACACACACAAAAUGGGAAUAUGUGGGAAUAAUGAACAUAUCCAUUAGUGAAGACAUUAAGCGGAUACGUUUAUGUAAUUGAAAAUUCUUCCAACUGAUUUUUUCUUUCAGUAUAAAAUUAGACCAAAUUGAUCCAGUUUUGUAUCGUCAAUAAACAUUUAUUCAUGUUUACUGAUUUAAAGUGAAUAAAAAUGAAGAUAUGUUCUAUUGUAUUCAAAUUGUAGAAAGACUAACCCCACACCUUGUUUAUACAAGUACAAAGUACUGUAAAUUCACCUAUUUUAUUGCAAAGAUAAAAACUCGGAUGUGUUUAAAAAUGAACUAACCCUGAAAUUCACCAAAGUAGCAAAUUAUAACGCUGUUGGUACUAAAGGAAUAGCAUUUUAUUAAAUUAUAAAUGUCAAUGUCUCAUGUCUAUUAACUGUCCUCAGUUGUCUGAUAAGGGCCUGGAACACCAUGUGGCUUGUUACUGGAUGUAUAUUUGAUUUGCAUUUCUUUUUUAACUUUGCUGGAGUUUAUAUAUAUCGCUUAUAUAUACCAGCCUGAUCGUUCUAUGACUCGCAUGUGCUCUUCUCACAAUUUGUUCUCUUUGAUUUGUAUAUAAGGUUUUAUUGUUGUUUCUGGGCUUAUUAUAACAGAAUAAAGAUAAAUUAAUUUCA